AAGAAGGAAUAGAAAAAGCAAUAAACUUGAUUGACUGACUGCAGCUGAGCAAAGCAGCCUAGCCUCUCCUCCUCCUCUCUACCCCCACUCCUCCCUGUCCCUCUCUCAGUGUAGCGUGUGUGUGUGUGUGUGUGAGCAGCACAGCCAGCUCCGUGUCACUCCAGGUCUCUCUGCUCUGCACAGGACUGCUGCACACCCAGCUCUGAGAUCCUGCCUGCUGCCUGACUCCUGGACCCACUCCCUGUCUGCGGCUCUCCCUCUCUCUCUCUCUCUCCCUGUUUUUUUAUAUCGGUGAGUUUUGAGCAGCCCGGUCGAUGGCACGCCCCCCCUGCACCCCUGUCCCUGUCCCAGGUAGCUGGUUCUGAGAGUGGCGGGCAGGGGGAGGUCCCGCAGAGCCAUGCGGAAGAAGACCCUGCUGGCCAUCUUCACAGGGGUGCUGCUGUACCUGGUGGGGGGGGCGCUGGUGUUCCAGGCGCUGGAGAAGCCGCGGGAGACCCAGCAGCACGGAGACAUCGCCCACAAGAAGGCGCUGUUCCUCGGGGAGCACGGCUGCGUCAGCCCCCAGAGACUGGACCAGCUCAUAGAGGAUGUGGUGGAGGCGGUGGGCUCGGGCGUCGACCCCGUCAGCAACUCCACCAACUUCACGAGCCGCUGGGACCUGCCGACCGCGUUCUUCUUCUCUGGGACCAUCAUCACCACCAUCGGAUUUGGGAAUAUCUCUCCGAAGACGGAGGGCGGUCAGAUCUUCUGUAUUUUCUACGCGCUGAUUGGCAUCCCGAUGUUCGGGUUUCUGCUGGCCGGAGUGGGAGACCAGCUGGGAACGGGCCUCCGGAGGGGGAUCGGGAAAAUCGAGGAUGUGUUCCUGAAGUGGAAAGUCAGCCCCACUAUAAUCCGCGUGAUCUCGGCCGUGCUCUUCAUCCUGAUUGGCUGCCUGCUCUUCGUCGCCGUGCCGACCCUCGUCUUCCAGGAAGUGGAGGGGUGGAGCCUGCUGGAGGCCACGUACUUCGUCAUCAUCACCCUGACAACCGUGGGCUUCGGAGAUUAUGUGGCAGGCGAUGCUGUCGAGGGGGGGCACUGGUACAAGCCGCUGGUGUGGUUCUGGAUCUUGCUGGGAAUGGCGUACUUCGCUUCCAUUCUAACCAUGAUCGGGAACUGGCUGAGAGUGCUGUCCAAGAAAACACGAGCAGAGAUGGAGGGUCUCACGGCUCACGCUGCUAACUGGACUCAGAACGUGUCAGUGGAUUUCCGGGGGCUGGAUCUCAACGAGCGGCUCAACAAGGCGGGGUUGAAGAGGCGUGUCCGGCGGGCGAGGAAGAGGCGUGGCCGGGCCGCGGGGGAGGGGCCUGGGGGGGAGGAGGAGGAGGAGGAGGAGUAUUACGAGGAGGAAGAGGAUGACGAUGAUGAGCUGGACGAAGAGGAAGAGGAGGAGGAUUCCUCUCCAGAGCGAGGCAAACGGGGCAAAAGACGACGACGGCGACGCCACAAAGACGACAGCGAAUCGGCUUCCGGCUCCUCCGAGGGGUCAGGGGUCACGGAAGUGGAGGAGCUGAACCAGAAGAACCAGAACCAGCCCGUUCCGGACCUGCCGGACAACUCGGCCUCCUCCCAGCCGCUGGAGUACUUCGGAGAGAACCUUGCCUUCAUCGACGAGUCCUCGGACACGCGGAGCGACAGACUGGACCAGGAGGAGCUGAGGAGGAGGAGGAGCAAGAGGAGGAAGAGGCAGAGGGAGAGGGGGGGCCGCAAGGAACCAAACGGGGGCCCGGCUACGGGCUGGGAGGGGCCCGGGAGGAACAGAGACAAAGGAGGAAACAACUGAGAGGGGAGGGGAGAUGAGAGGAGGGAGUAGAGAGGGGAGGGAGAUGAGAGAGAGAGAGAUGAGAGGGGAGAGAGAGGAGAGGGGAGAUGAGAGAAAGAGAGAGGAGAGGAGAUGAGAGGUCUGGCUGACGUCUCUGCAAUGAUUAGGGUGUCUGUGCGAGUGAUUUAUGCAUGAUUCACUUCUUCAAAGCAGUCCUGCAAACACUUCAGUAAAUCUGCCCUGUCCUUCGUUACGUCGGUCUCAAAUGUGCAGUUUCAAAAGAGAACACACACACGAGAGCAAAGCAUUACAAAAACACAGUGCUGCCUGGAGCCCUGCCUGUAGUUUUGAACUGGCUUGCAAGCAGCACAGACUUCAAGCGAAGCGAUUUUUGCCCCCCCCCCCCAGUUGAGUGAAGCUUGUUCUAACAGAACGCUGCGGAUUGCAAUUCCCAUCAACGACGGGUUGGGAUUGAUUUAAAAAAAAAAAAAAAACAGGGAAUGGGGAUUUGUAACUGGAGAUGGGAGUCGAUUUAAAACAACGAAAAAAACAAAUGGAAUUCAGUAUGUUAACUUAACGUUAUUGAGCAGCUAUAAUUCAGCUUUAUGAAGUUCAUUCUAUAUAGAGGGGGGAUGCAAAACAUUUGGCCAUAGCUAUAUAUAUAUAUAUAUAUAUAUAUAUAUAUAUAUAUACAGGGCUGGGAACGAGACUCCCGCUGCACAGCAGUGUGAUCCAGUCCUGGUUUCACUGGGAGUUUAAUAAUCAGACACACCUGAGCUUGUUAGCUAGACACACUGGGGGCUGAUCAAGCUGGUAGCAGUGAAACCUGGACUGGAUCACACUGCUGUGCGACAGGAGUCUGAUUCCCAGCCCUGUGUGUGUGUGUGUAUAUAUAUAUAAUGUGUAUAUAAUGUAUAUAUAACUGCACGUUUCAGAGCUGUGUAGCGAAUGGAAAUACACAAAAGGGGAGACCUGAGGGAUUUGCUCUGCUAGAAGCGACGCCCCAGUCAGCACCUGUCUGUUUUUUAAUUGUAAUUUUUUGGGUCACUGGUAACUGUUCUGUAUUCUCUAUAUUCUGUGCCUUGAAAAAUGAGAACGAAACCAAAAAAAAAAAAUAAUAAUAAUAAAAAUAAUUUAAAAUAAAAAUCACACAAAAAAACAAACACGUUACUGUUUGAAAUUGCUCCUUGUUGUUUUUGUUUUUGUUUCGUUUUAAUACAACGAGAAUAAAACGAAUGAGGUUGGGGGAAGCGAUCCAGGAAGUGCAGGUGUAACAGAGAGCGAUCAGGAUUUCUAAUUUAACAAUACAAAUACAAAGCAAAUCUUUUCAUUAUCCUCAUUUUAUUAAAACUAUUAAAAUGGAUUCAAAUGGGCAUCUAAUUUCUUUUGGUCUAAAACUGACACGUGCUCGCUCCGUCUUUGUUUUGUUAAAAUGACUGCGCAACAACCAC